AUGCUCUUCAACAAGUCCAUCUUCGCCGUUGCCGUUGUGGCUCUGGCUAACGUCGUGACUGCCACUACCGUGCAGACCCCCGCCUGUGUUCUUAAGAUUAUCGGCAACCAACCCAACCCGGCCGACUCGAAGACUAUCUGCGGCUCGAAUGCCAGCAAGAUCCAGGCCGAUAUCUCCAAGAACUGUGCCGACAGCGAGGCCUCCCUGAAGUUCUUCACCAGCAACUGCGCCCAGCUCGGCCACAAAGUUGUGUCUGUUUCCACUACCUCUACUGGUACUUCUGAGAGCUCUACUGCCACUGGCUUCGUCACCGCUGCCUCCUCUGGCACUGCUGUUUCCGCCACCAAGACUGGUUCCUCCGCCGCCACUGGCACUGGCACUGGUUCCAGCUCUGCCGCUACCGGCACGGGAGCCAGUGCCAGUGCUGGUACUGGUACCGGCUCCGGUAGCGCCGCAUCCCCUAGUUCGACCUUCAACGCUGCUUCGUCCGAUCGUCAGUUCUCCGCGACCACCUUUGUUGCUGCCAUCUUCCUCGGCGCGGCUGCUUUGCUGUAA